GGCAAGGAGUGCUCUGGCUGUCAGACGAGAAUGGCAGGAUAACUUUCGAUUGUAGGGGCAAAACACCAAGUCCACCAAAGUAAAACUAAAUGGCCAUCUGUUAAAUAUUUCCUCUCUGUUUUUCCUCGAUACACAAGUCAACAUGACUACCCAGAUUUCUGCAAACCAGGAGCUCUUCCUCGACAUCCUCACCAAAGAGGAAAAGGAGGCUUUGCUCAGCAAAAAAAUGGAAGAGAUCCGCAGAAAAAAUGACCUGAUCCGCAAGCGUCAUGAGGAAAUAGAAGCAGAUAAGCGAGGCUCGGGAGGAGGCCCAGUCAAAAACAGACAGACCUCACCCACAAAGGAACAAAAGGCAAUUCCUGAGGUUGUUGAAAGGGAUGAGAACAACAGACAGGAAUUGCCAAGACCUCCCAAACCUGCUGGCCGAGGGAAACAGACAGACAAAAAGAGGAAAGACAAGCCAAAAGCACAAGACAAACGUGCACGUGCCAUGCGUGUGGUAUCUAACAAUGAGGGUGAGAGCCGUGAUAAUGUGUCUCUUGUGGAGGCCUGGAACAGUGCAGUUCACAGAGAUACCAAAAAGCCCUACAUCCAUGGCUUUCACCACAAUGGUUUUCAGAGACCCCUGUCUGCAGACUUUCAUGACUUCAAUAGGCAGCCAAAUCGCCAGAACAAUUGGGAAAAUGGCAACAAGUCCGGGUCGCCAGAUGUCCAGGAAUACCAAAUAAGGCACAACCGUCAGGGUUCUGCAAGGGACAGGGACCAGAAUGUUCAGCGCAGACACAGCUUUCGGGAAAACCAGAAUCAAAGGUCUUAUCACAGGCAGAGGGAGUUUGACCAAGACAGGGAGAUUCCCAGGUACAACAAACAAUCGUCUAGGGAGUCUGACCCAGACAGGGAUUUUCCUAGAUACAACAAACAGUCAUCUAGGGAGUCUGACCCAGACAGGGAUUUUCCUAGAUACAACAAACAGUCAUCUAGGGAGUCUGACCCAGAUAGGGAACAGAGGUCACAAAACCGGGAUAACCCCCGAGACAAGCGAGUUCAGUUUCAGGACUCCGAAUUUGAGCCUCGUCGUAAACGUACGCAUGGUGGUGCUAGCUCUCCUCCGCACAAGGAACCCUCUGCUAAUGGACCGCCCCCAGAUCCUGCCUAUAACUUCCUGACUGAUCGAACCCGUGAAUGGGCAAACACAGUCGCAGAGAGGAACCAAGAGCAAAGCAAUAAUUACACGAGGCACCCAAAAAACUUUGGUGGCACAGAUUUCACAAAUGUGAAAAACAAAAUGAAAGUGGUAAAGGAACGACAGGAGCGAGGUAGAGGUGGACCUCCUAGAUCCAAGAUGGAGAUGGCUAUGGCAAUGACAGGCAGAGAGCGGCGUCAGUAUAUGGAAUGGCGAGCAGAGCGUGAGGCGGUGGACCAGGCCAGAAUUGAUCGUCAGAAAGCCUCCUCUGGGGAAUGGCGACGAGAGUGGGACGUUGAGAAAAACAUCAAGGAUUUCGAUGAUCAAGAGAAUCCCAAAAGAUCAGAGCCUGCCAAACGACCAGCUGGUCGUAUAGGCAGUGGUCGAUUUGACCGCGGCGAGCGAGAUGAUAGACAGAAAGGUGAGAACUGUGAGCAGCCAGGUACAGGUCAACCCGAAAAGGCACCAAAUCGACAAAGGGAUGGGGAAGGAAGCCGACCCAGAGAGGGGGAAGCACAUCCUCGCAAAAGAGAGGAAAAUGAUAGAGAGGGUCCACCGAGACCAAUGGGGCGAGGUAGAGGCAGGGGGAGGGGACGUGGUCGCCCAGGGAGUGGGGAAGUGAAGCCCCAGAGGGUAAGGACAACAUCAGGUGAGGACAGGAAAGUAGAGACACAGCAUGACCUCCUUGUCAUCAAACUAGACAACUCACCAGGAAAGGUGAGUGAUGGAAGUGUGGAAAUUGAGUACUCGGACGGGGAGACGCCCAAUAGUACGGUCAUCACCACCUCCUCUGGCAGAUUGCCCAACUCUCGCACAGCCCAAACAUCCACUGAGGAACUCUGGUGGGAUGAAGAGGCUGACGACCUCCUCACAGGUAGUCUGAUUGGUGAGGACGGCGAUGAUAUCUUUGAACAUAAGGAACUGUUUGGGGAACAUGUGAGUCUAGAAGAAGACCAUGAUGGUCUGAACCUCCAUGACAAUAUUCAGGAAGACCAGUUCCUGUAUGACUAUGAGGAGGGUCAAUUCGAUAGUACUCCACGCCAAAGUCAAAGUCAGGGUGACACAGACGAAUGGGAGGACUGCCCGGAGGAUGAGGAGGAAGAACUUGAAAAUCAUGCUAAAUCAGAUGGGAUCAAGAUCAACUGCCAUCUUAACCCUGAGGCUCCAGAGUUCACACCCCACUCUCCUCAUUCCCCAAUCUCAGAGGCACCUGUAAACAAAGCCUCUAAGAGUACAGGAAACGCACCUGUGGGUAAACAUGCUACUGCUUCUUCUAAACCCCCACACACUCCGCACGCCAAAUCGUCAAAGGCCGCUGUUAAAGGUGAGGACGGCCAUUCCUCAGGGCAAAAAAUGAGGAGAGAGGCUCAAAGAGAGGAUAAAGCCGCAAAGAAGCCACUCAAUGACAGUAGUGAUAGCAAGCAGAAAUCUGCUACAGUUGAAAGUCCAAAAGUGGACGGUACGCAGAAAUCUGCAACAGGAAAGAGUCCUAAAAAGAAUGAUAAACAGAAACCUUCUUCAGGCGAAAGUCAGAAGAAAAACAGUGGACCUGUUCCACAUAAGGACACUAAAGUAGAGGAGACAAAGGACAAAGUGUCAAGUGAGGCACAGAGCACUAGUAGUUCUCAAAAGAAGGAAGAAAGUAGUGAAGUACUCACAUCCUCCGAAGGGAAAGAUUUUCCUGAAGGUAAGGAUACUAAGGAGGAGUCCAAAACAGAGAAGGAAACAUCCUCUAAACAAGAGGAUGAAGUAAGCUCUGAAGUGAAGGACAAUUCCUCCACACAAGAGGAGGAUGUGCAUUCCUCCUCAGAGGACAAUAGUCCUAUUAAAGGUGACACACCUUCAGAUGAGGGUGAGGUCAAACCACAGAUGGCCGAAAAUGUUGACAAGGCAGAGGGAAAACCUACAGAAGUCGACAGCCAGACACUAAACGACUCACCAGUCGAGGCAGCACAAAUCCCAGAUGUGGACAGUUCAGGCCAAGGUGAGGAUUGUAAGGAUCCCGAGAGCCCCAGCCUUCCACAGGAGGAUGGUGAAGCUGCCUCCUAAGCUCAUAUCAAUGCCAGUGCUGAUCAUCUCCUUCUAACUCCUGGAGAGAUACACAGACAAUGAAGGAGGUCCAGCACCCAUAAUCCAUCUUUCGCUGACCAGUAGUAAGUGGUCAAUCAUGUACAGUAGUUAAAGCAUCUUCUGACCUGUAAGUGUGUCGCCUCGCAUUUACUGCUUUCUCAUACUGUGUAAAGCAUUAAUACAGAUGAAUGAAUGUCUGUGGACCUGAAACUAUCAUGAAAGUUGUACAUCAUGUCUCAAGGAAAUGCAUGUUCAGAUCACUUGAUUAUCUCCCCCUGUAUCAUAUAAAGUUGCUCUAUGGAACUUGUAUUGGCAAUUUUGAACUAGGAUCAACUCAAGUGACCUCUUUGACCGAAGACCAGAAUGAUCUGCCACUCUGAACGUGUACUAGUAUUAAAAGAUUAGCACAUGUAGUAUACAAAUUCUAAGAUGCUAAAUACAAUUUACUACAUUGUAUACAUGUAUCAUCAAUUUGUAAGAUCUUCCUAAUUAACUGUAAAAGGUCUUUAUGGUUGUUUCUCGUAUUGUUUGGACAGUUGACAGUCAUGAUUAGGUAUUAUUGAACUGAUAUCAUGGAUAUGACUUUAGAAUCUUAAAGUUUGGCAAAGUUAAUAUGAUUAAUUGAUAUCCGUGUACCUUAAUAUCUGUAUGGUUCAUGUUCUUUACAAGUUUGUUGAUUGCUUUAAGAUAGGGAGAUAAUUUAACAAAAUCUAAAUUGCUUCUUUUCAAAAUGAAGUAUGUUUAUAACUCAAAAAGUACUAAAGUUCAAUUGUUUAUAACUCAAAAAGUACUAAAGUUCUAAUAUAAUUUACAAACUAUUAAAAUGAUUAAUAUGUUUGUAGAUAAAAUGUUCUAUGUGCCAAAAAAUAUUAAAGGAAAAAGAAUUUCUUGUUCUAUUUUUUAACAAUUAUAUUAUAUGGAAUUUUUCUUUCAAUGGAAUGGAUGAAUUUAUGAAGAAAUUUUAAAAAGAAAUAUCUGUGAUAGAGCAUAGAGAUGGAGAAAAACUUUGUUCAACUUAAUGUUGGGUUUUAUGGAUUUUACAUAUACAUUUGUAUGUAGUACUUCACAAACUGUUUCACUGCCGAUCUAUUGGAGAAUGUCGAAUAACUUUCUUCCAGCUGAUAUUAUUGCCGGUUUUAUCACAUUUUUAUGUGCAUAACUGAACAACGUUGUAUAUUUUAUACUCAUAUUUACCUGUGCGAGGCCUAAAUGUAUUGUUAUGAUUUCUGUGUUAAAAUGCCUUUAACUUAAGAUUGAUAAAAUAUUUGCUUCUAAGUUACACUCUCUCUGAAAGUUUGCUUUUAACAACACUAGUUACAAAUAAAAAUUUAAUUUACAAAAAAUACAUUCUUUUUUACCAAAUAGGGCAAGUAUUUUUGUUACCUUAGCCUAUAGUGUUGUGUUUAUCUGCAGAACCUGAUACCAUGUUGGCCACUGGUAUAUUAUGACGCAUGCUUUUAGAACCUUGCCAGGUUAUGAGAUUUGAAAUGAAAGAUAUCGUGAAUGAAUUCAUUUUUAUUUCUGUCAUUGAUUAUCAUGGAAGUGUUGAAGUGUGAUUGGACACAUGGUGCUUAGAUGAAUUCAUUCGUUUGAAAUAUGUACAUAUCAUAAGUACAUGUAAGUCCUCAAUAUGAGGAGAAGUGUAAGAUUCACAACUGUAUUGUUCAUACUACUUUGAACAUUUAUGCUCCUUGUGUUAUAAUAGCAUGUACACAUUGAUCUUUCCAAACCUUAGGUUGAUCUGUUAUGGAAAAUUCUAAACAAAUCAUUUAUGUUUCAAACAACAUAUAAAGUUUUAAGUUACUAUGAGUUCAUUAGAUAAGUGACUUCUAGUUUUGUUGCUAGAUUUUGUAUUUAUAUAAUCCUAUAUUGGUUGUGGGUUGAUACCUCUCUGUCUCGGAGUUAGGCAAUUUUGUAAUAAUGAUUUAGACAAGUUGUGAUUAUUAAUAACACAAGUUUUAAUGAUGAAUUACACUAGUUUUGGUGAUGAAUUACACUAGUUUUGGUGAUGAAUUACACUAGUUUUGGUGAUGAAAGACAAGUUGUAAUGAUGAAUUACACAAGCAUUGCUGAGGAGAUGAACAAGUUGUGAUGACAAAUUACACAAGUUUUGCUGAUGAGUUAAACAACUUGUGAUGAUGAGAUACACAAGUUGUUAAGAAUUGUUGUGGAAGUUGUAAUGGUAAGUUAGUACAUUAAAAUGAAUAGAUCAUCAAUAUUGCAGGAUAUUUGUACACAUUGUAACGGAAAUUUUCUUGUCUGAUGGAAUUUUUUAAGUACGCAAUUUGCUAUAUAUGGUGUCAGUGCAACUGAUUUAACCAAAUUAAGAUUUGUGAAUACAAUGCUUUAUAAUCACCUACUGUUGAAUGGUGUAAUUUUAUGCAUGAUAUGAAUUUGAGAUUUUUGUAUGCAAUGUGUUCAACUAAUGAUCCUGACGGACAAGUAUGCUUUGUGAUGUAGGCAUAAAAUGGAAUAGUUAUCUGUGAGUGAUGUAUUGUGUAUUGAUAUAUUUAUUGUUUUCAUUUUGUAUGGAAUUGGAGCUACUAUUCAUCAGAUGCGUUUUAAACCAUUGAGUGAUUUUAUGUUUGGAUGAGGGGUGACAGAAAAGCGCAUAAACUCUUGAAUUUGAUAUUUGCCAUAAAUACCUGGGUGUCCAUAGAUACUCAUGUCUUUAAAUAUUGUAUCUUAAUAAAGAUUUUGAUUUUCGCAAAAUAUCAGACUGGAUAUCAUUAUGUACGUAUGAAAUAGUUAGUAUGCUUUCCCUACUGUGUACCUCUCUUACUGAAAGUACCUAAUUAUAGUUUCUGUUAAAGUUAUACCUCUCCACCAGGUUACACAAUCAUUGUUAUUUCAGAAGGACUUUUCAAAAUAUUUUUUCAGCUAUACAAGUCAUUAGUUUGAUUCCACCAGGACUUUGUUGGUAUAUCAAACUAAAACCACAUUAUAGAGGUCAGAGUGGUACUGUUACCAAAGAGGGUGCAACAAGUUCUUUACCAAGGAUCAAAAGUUCCCAGUUACCUGGAUAAUUUACCAACAUAAGGUUAUUUAGUGAAUAGGGGAUAUGAUAGAAGUAUUGGGAAUAUGUGACGAGGAACUUAAUGUUUUCUUACAAAUAAGAUUUUUAUGGAUAUACCCCCUCCCCAUAUAUUCCUCCCUUUUGACACACAACUGAUGGAUAAUAGCUCGUAUUUCUUUAUAUCUAAUAUAUUCUUGAGUUCAUUUUCAUACUCACUAAAUUAAAUUUUUACUUUCAAAAAAGGCAUACUGCUGUAUUUGUACGUAUUUGUUACAUGUACAGUGAGCUGGUGUUGAGUUACUCCGAUAUCCUCACCAGAAUACUGGGAUUGUUUUGUUCCACCAAAUCUUGUCCUUUAGUGUUUUGUGUUAAACCCCACCUUAUACUUAUUUUGGUUUGGUAUAUAGAUCAGUCAUGCUGAAUACAGACAAGGAAAAUCUGUUCACUCUCAAGUGGAAAAGAUAACAAACCAUAUCAGCUGUAGGAUAAUUGUUUAUUAAGAACGGAUACAAAACAAAUAUUGAAAAAAAAAAUCUUAGAGAGAAAAUAAGCAUAUAUCAUGAAAUCAUUGUCAUCGUUAUCAUUGCAUGGUGUUAAAGGUCAUACUUUUGUAACAGGGAACAAACAUUCCCAGACAGAAGUCACAUACUGUAGACUUCUUUUAUAUUGUUUACUGACAUUACUAAAAAAGUAAAAAAAAUAAUAAUAUGCAAACCAUAUAUCCUACACUAUCUGGAACAUAUUGGUACAUUACUUAUAUAAUUUAUAAUAAAACCCUUUUACAAA